AUGCUGUAUUUAGAAUGUGACGGAUGUGGCUACGCCAUCGGUAAUGAUCCUGAGAGGUACAAGGAUAAAACAUUGAUGGCCAAGAUUGUGCCAUCCGGUGGAUUCUUCUCCUUGUGUUGUUUGCUAUUUGCUUCCAUAACACGCAAAAGUUUGUGCAUAAACAACUAUGUUAGGAGCUUCUGUGAGAUUGUUUGCCAGCAUUGUGGUGUCAAAGGCUUCGAGGAUGCCUUGACUCUCUGUGAAAAGUGCGGGGAAUAUGCUUUGCAUCGCUAUUGUUUAGAAGUACUUCCAGAAGAUUUAUCCAAACCUGUAGUAUGGUUUUGUGAAGAUUGCAAACCAGAUAUUUUGAAGCAGUCUACUCCUGAUAAACCAAGUUCUUCUUCAUCCGCAUUUAGUGUCUCUGUAGAUGUAGAAUCACCAAAAACAGUGCAACCAAAUAAACGUAGGGGCAGAUUGAAGAAGACUGAAAAGGUUAUCACUGGUUUGGAAACUAACACUGAGGUGCAAACUCAUGAAGAUACGCCUUCUGGUAUUGAGCCACAUUGUAGAGAGAAUCAGAUGCUCAGAAGGAGAUUGAUUCUUGAAGAUGAAGAGGAUCUAAAUUUAGAAACUUCUCAAGUUGCUGUUAGUAACUCCAAAGCUUCAAAUGUUGUUGAAGAGAGGGUUAGCACCGGUUCCGAGGCUAAAACAGAGGAGCAGAUGUGUGAAGGUAAGCCUUUUGGUAAUGUUUCACAGUUGAAAGAGAAGAGUGAUAACGAGCAAAAGCUCGGGACAGAAAGGAGGUUGGUUCGUGAAGAUGAAGAGGCUAAACCUUCAAGUACCUUAGAACAACGGGUUUUCACUUCUUGUACUGUACCUAAAGCUGAGGCGCAAAUAUUUGAUGGUAGGUCUUCUGGUAAUAAGUCACAGUGCAGGGAGGAGAGUGAUAGGGACCAAAAGUUCAAAAGACAGCACAAAACUUUGCAAUGUAGUGACCCAAAGCCUUCAAAUAUUCUACAACAUAAGGUUAUUGCUAGUUGUAUGGAUAAAACCAAGGUGCAGAUUCGUGACGGUGAGCCUUCUGGUAAUAUGCCAAAGAGCAGAGAAAAAUGUGAUAGUGAUCAAACGCUUACAAAAACGCGGAGAUUGGUACUUUCAAAUGAAGAGGCUGAGCGUGUGAAAACCUCUCAAGUUACCGCUAGUGACCCUACUCUUUCAAGUAUCUUACAAGAUAAGGAUAUUUCUCGUUCUGUAGCUAAAACAAAGGUGCAGAAACGUGAUGGGAAUUAUAAACAUCAGAAUUUCAGCGAACACAAUAAAACUUCUCUAGUUAGUGACCCCAAGCCUUUGGAUAUCUCACAACAAAACGCUGUAACUGGUUCUGUCGCUAAAUGGAAGGUGCAGAUACAUGAUAGUUCACCUUCUAGUUGUGAGCUGCGGUACAGAAGUAAGUUUGAUAAGUCUCAGACGUUCAGUAAACAAAAAACUUAUCAAGUUAGUGACUCCAAGCCUUUAAAUGUCUCACAAAGAAAGACCAUUACUGGUACUGUAGCUAAAGCAGAGGUGGGUAAACAUGGUAGGCCUUCUCGUAGUGAGCCACAGGACGGAAGAGGCAAGCGUGAUAAUUAUCAAAAGGCCAUCCCUGGUUCUGUAGCUAAAACGAAGGUUCAGAUAUGUGAUAGUAGGCCUUAUCAUAGUGAGCUACAGUACAGAGGCAAGUAUGAUAAGGAUCAAACGUUCAGAAAACGACAGAGAUUGCCUCUUGAAGAUGAUGAAGAACAUGAGCCUUCAAAAGCUUCUCAAAAUGAUGUUAAUGACCCCAAGCUUUCAAAUUUAGAACAGAAUUAUUAUUUGGAUGUACAACCUAUGAUUGACCCAAUCUGGAAUGGAACUUUGAGAAUCAGCAACAGAGACUUAAACACUCCAGAAAUACUCUCAGUUGCUGCCCAUUUAUCCAACUUGGCAUGUCAUAAAGUGUUUGAGGUGGCAAAGUUGUUACCAGAAGAAGUUUCUCUUGAAUUGUCUAAACGAUCUCACUUUUGGCCUAAAAGUUUUCGGAUGUUUGGGCCAAGUUGUCAUCAUAUUGCUCUUUACUUCUUUCCUGACAAUGGAAGAGACGACAAUGUUUUCAACAGCCUGGUCGACGGCAUGAUCAAAGAGGACCUUGCUAUGAGAGCUGUGUUGAAAGAAGCAGAACUCUUGGUUUUCACAUCUUAUGACUUGCCUAUGCAUAUGAGGAGGUUUCGGAUGAAGUAUUAUCUAUGGGGGGUCUUUCGGGGGAAGAAAGCUUGACGAUUAACAAAUACUACAAAAAGUUUCGAUGUUCCAACCACCACAGGCAGAGUUUGAUCACUUGUUUGCGCAAGAGCUGCGGUAGAUAUGGUUCUGACUCUUAACCCUCCUAUUGUAAAUUAAUGAGAUACACUUUUUUUUUUUUUUUUUAAAUUCUAAAAGAGCCUUAAGAGUGAUAACUUUUGUUGUUAGUAUUUCAACCCAAAAAAAAAAAAGUACUGAUGUUCCACAAUGUUGCUGUUUAGUCUUGAAGUACCGAGAAAAUGCAGGGGCAGAAUGUUGUAUGAAUACUGGAUAUGAAUUUUUACUGUGCAUAGUCCACAAAAUCUCUCUAUUACCAUCACAAUU